AUCAUAGACGUGCUCCCAUGCACACAAGCAGACGUGCGAUUCAUUUUUGUCAAUGUGCGUGUAAGUGUGUGUGUGUGUUUGUCUGUGUGCUCAGUUACUGCCCCCUGUAGGGGCGGGUCAAUCUGGUCUUCCUUAUUUGGAUAACGGGGUUGUGGAUUUCACAGCACAGGGUAGUCUCCUAGCGAUAAGACACAAAACUUUUGAAGACCCCUGAAAUACUAAAGCUGAGUGAAUCGGAAAGAAAAAAGCAUUUGAAAGGGAAAAAAAAGGAGCAAAGGUAAAAGUGAAAACUGGUGGACAGCUGAAGGGAGCGGACCAGCAAACACGGCAAGAGGCAGAGACGGAGAUAAGGCGGUGGCAAACAGGGAGACAUUGAGAGGGAAGCACAUGGUGUAAAAUGCCCACAAAUUUCACAGUGGUCCCCGUGAAGGACAGCUCGGGAAAGGCAAGCGAGAGGAUCGAAGAGGACGAUGGCGAUGAGAACGAUGAGUCGAGGGAGAACGAGGACGCAGCAGGUGACGGCGUCCCAAAGGAAAACAGUCCCUUCAUCAACAACACAGACAACGACAAGAGCAGCAGUUACGAUGGCACCAACAUGGCACUUUUUGAGGAGGAGAUGGACAGCAACCCCAUGGUGUCAUCGCUUCUCGAUAAACUGGCAAACUACACAAAUCUCACGCAAGGAGCCCAGGAACACGAGGAGGCCGAUGACGACGAGGGCUCCAAAAAGAAAGCCGUCAAGAGUCCUCAAAUGGGAACUUUUAUGGGCGUCUAUCUCCCCUGCCUCCAGAACAUUCUGGGAGUCAUCCUUUUUCUACGCCUUACCUGGAUCGUCGGCACGGCCGGCAUCUUAGAGUCUCUGGCGAUCGUCGGCUUGUGCUGCUCUUGUACCAUGCUGACAGCCAUCUCCAUGAGUGCAAUUGCCACAAACGGCGUCGUGCCAGCGGGUGGUUCCUACUAUAUGAUUUCUAGAUCCCUUGGCCCCGAAUUUGGUGGAGCUGUCGGUCUCUGUUUCUACCUGGGUACGACUUUUGCGGGCUCCAUGUACAUCCUGGGUACUAUUGAGAUUCUAUUGACCUACAUUGUGCCGAAGGCGGCCAUCUUUGUGGCGGAAAAGAAGGAGGACCAAGGCGACGCCCUCCUGAAUAACAUGCGCGUCUACGGCACGUGCUGCCUGACGCUGAUGUCCGUGGUUGUCUUUGUGGGAGUCAAAUAUGUCAACAAACUUGCCCUGGUCUUCCUGGCCUGUGUCAUUCUCUCCAUCCUCGCCAUCUACGCCGGCGUCAUCAAGACCAUCUUUGAGCCGCCCGACUUCCCCGUCUGCAUGUUGGGAAACCGCACACUGCAGAACCACAAUUUCGACAAGUGUCUUAAGAUGGACAUGGUGGGUAAUGUGACGGCCACCACGCAGCUGUGGAAGCUGUUCUGCAAGGGCCCGGAUUUCAAUGCCACCUGCAACGAGUAUUUCCUCAACAACAACGUGACCCAGAUUCAAGGCAUCCCGGGACUUACCAGCGGGGUUAUUUCAGAAAAUAUGUGGUCGGUAUAUGGGCCGCUGGGCAUGUUGGUUGAAAACAAGAAGUUGCCAUCGGUUGGGGGAAGCGACCCCACGCAGGACAUCUACCUGCCCUACGUCGUCAAUGACAUUGCUUCCUUCUUCACGCUGCUUGUCGGGAUCUACUUCCCCUCUGUCACCGGUAUCAUGGCCGGUUCUAAUCGAUCGGGCGAUUUACGAGAUGCCCAAAGGUCCAUCCCAGUUGGAACCAUCCUGGCUAUCUUCACCACCUCCGUCAUAUAUUUCACCUGCGUGGUACUCUUUGGUGCCUGCAUUGAGGGCGUUUUACUUCGAGACAAGUUUGGCGACUCCGUCAAGGGCAACCUUGUGAUCGGCACGCUAUCGUGGCCUUCACCUUGGGUCAUCGUCAUUGGCUCCUUCUUCUCUUGCUGUGGGGCGGGACUCCAGAGUUUAACCGGCGCCCCACGCCUGCUGCAAGCCAUCGCACGAGACGGCAUCGUACCUUUCUUGCAGGUAUUUGGUCACGGAAAGGCCAACGGAGAGCCGACCUGGGCUCUCCUACUGACCGCCGGCAUCUGCGAGAUCGGGAUACUCAUCGCUUCUUUGGAUGCCGUGGCGCCGAUCCUCUCCAUGUUUUUCCUCAUGUGCUACCUGUUUGUCAACCUGGCGUGCGCCGUUCAGACUUUACUGCGAACCCCAAACUGGAGGCCGCGCUUCAAAUAUUACCACUGGGCUCUCUCUUUUCUGGGAAUGAGCUUGUGUCUGGCUCUCAUGUUCAUUUCGUCCUGGUAUUAUGCCAUUGUUGCCAUGGUCAUCGCCGGCUGCAUCUACAAAUACAUUGAAUACAGAGGGGCAGAAAAGGAGUGGGGCGACGGCAUCCGCGGCCUUUCGCUAAACGCCGCCCGUUUCGCCCUAAUUCGUUUAGAGGAGGCUCCCCCGCACACCAAGAACUGGAGGCCUCAGUGUUUGGUGCUGUUGAAUCUGGACUCGGACCAAGUGGUGAAGCAUCCGCGCCUGCUGUCGUUCACCUCUCAGCUGAAGGCCGGGAAAGGCCUCACCAUCGUGGGAAAUGUAUUGGAGGGGACCUUUCUCACAAAAGAAGCCGAAGCCAAAAAGGCUGAGCAGAACAUCAAGUCUUCCAUGACGGCGGAGCGGACCAAGGGUUUCUGCCAUGUUGUCGUUUCCUCCAACCUCCGAGACGGGGUCUCCCAUCUAAUCCAGUCAGCCGGGUUGGGCGGCAUGAAGCACAACACGGUCCUAAUGGCCUGGCCGGGGAACUGGAAGCAGUCCAAUGACCCGCAGUCGUGGAGGAAUUUCAUAGAGACGGUGCGGGAGACCACGUCCGCGCACCAGGCCUUGCUUGUCGCGAAGAACGUGGACAGCUUCCCCGCCAAUCAAGAGCGCCUCGGCGAGGGAACCAUCGACGUGUGGUGGGUGGUUCACGACGGAGGCCUGUUGAUGCUUCUGCCUUUCCUGCUACGACAGCACAAAGUGUGGAGAAAGUGCAAGAUGCGCAUCUUCACCGUGGCCCAGAUGGAUGACAACAGCAUACAGAUGAAAAAAGAUCUCCAAACGUUCCUUUACCACCUACGGCUCAACGCAGAGGUGGAAGUGGUGGAAAUGCAUGAUAAUGACAUCUCGGCCUUCACCUACGAGAAGACUCUCGUGAUGGAGCAGAGGUCUCAGAUGCUGAAACAGAUGCAGCUAUCCAAGACUGAGAGGGAGCGAGAGAUUCAGAGUAUCACUGACGAAUCGCGUAACUCAAUCCGGAGGAAGAACCAAGUUGCUGCCGAGGGCGCGAGCCUCAGCCGGCAGUCCUCUCCGACGGAGGACACGCAGGAGGAUGAGGCCCAACUGAUCCAUGACCGAAACACGGCCUCCCGCGCCUCCAUGAACGACAAGUCCGAAGCCGUCCCCGAUCGGGUUCACAUGACCUGGACCAAGGAAAAGCUUUUCACAGAGCGGAACCGCAACCGCGAGUGCAACUCCAACGUGGCCAUGCGAGACCUCUUCAACAUGAAGCCAGAGUGGGGGAGCUUGAACCAGACCAACGUUCGCCGCAUGCACACGGCCAUCAAACUGAACGAGGUGGUGGUCAACAAGUCCCAGGGAGCCCACCUGGUUCUGCUCAACAUGCCGGGACCACCCAAGAACCGGGGAGGAGACGAGAACUAUAUGGAAUUCCUUGAGGUUUUGCUGGAGGGUCUGAACCGAGUCCUGCUUGUCCGAGGCGGCGGGCGGGAAGUUAUUACAAUCUACUCUUAGAGGGGAGUGGUGGGGCAAAAACAAAAAAACAACAACCACCUCCCACCCCAUCUGCAUAUUAUGGGCAUGUCGCCUUGGAUAUCAGUCACCAGGCAUUUAUUUUGAAAGGGAGGACACUUAAUUGGGUUCCUAUGAAGAUGGGUUGGCGGAAUCACGAGUGAUUGAUGGGUUAGUCAGCAGUUGCUCGGGAAAGGAGGACAGAUGUCGCGGGCUCGUGAGCGAGCGAGGCUGCCUCGCGCGAGGCGGCGCGAAAAAAAAAAACGGCAACAAAAAAAUAGAGCAUAGAGACACUUUAUAUUUUUCAUUCAAAUCGUGACGAGGUUUUUGUUUGUUCACCUUCUUUCCCCUCGUUGUUGUCAACACUCGGCGUUGACUUUGCUGUUGCACCUCGUAGUCUCUUUUACUCAUUGGUGGCCCAAGAGAGUUUUGUGUGCUCGGUGAAGUGAAACGUUGUGGGGAGUUGUUGUGCCGCAGCUGUGUUAUUGGAGAAGCCCACCCUUUGCAUGGUUUUCUCAGCUUGUUUAUCACACACACGCAAACAUCCUCAGCUAUGAAUGGCCAAAAAUGUAUUUACGUUUAUCAUCUACUCCUUUAUUGGGUGACAUCAUCAUUGGCCUUUGCUGCAUCGAAAGAGUCAACAAAAGCACAACUUACACUGACAGACUUUUGCACUAACCAGAAUCUUACAAGUUUGCGUUGUGGCUAGGGCACUCAAAACCACACUAUUUACCGUUUUACAUACACACACACACAUACACACACAGCUUUGUGCACCAGACUGAAUUCGCUGAAUGGUUUAGAUCCAUUGAUAAGAAGAGAAA